AUGCGUCCUGUAAUAUAUUAUAUCUUAACUGUAAUAACGAGUCUGCACCAUGUUCAAGGUGCUAAAAUUCUCGCCCUUUUUCCUCAUCCGGGGAAAAGCCACCACAUGGUGUUCGAACCUCUUUUCCUAAAAUUAGCUCAACGCGGCCACCAAAUGACAGUCGCUUCGUUCUUCCCACUUGAAAAUCCCCCAGUGAAUUACACCGAAUUAAGCUUUGUCGGUCUCGCCGGUUUGGGACUAGAAGUUUUAGAUAUGUCUAUGUACGAAAACCCGCCCUUGAAGUACGGCAUUCCACUUAUCGGAGACAUUAUUAAACAACGUGAUGAGACACGACCGCUUGUCAGAAGCGCUAUUAUGAUUUGUGAAAAAUUAGUGGGCUUCCAGCCAUUAAUUGAAGUGUUAAAGCAUGACUACGAUCUCGUGAUCGUAGAGAAUUUUAACAGUGACUGUAUGCUGGGUCUGUUACACGUGUAUGGCAUCAAAGCCCCAGUUAUAGCGCUCUCAUCUUGCAACGCUUUUCCAUCGUCUGCAGAACGUUUAGGUUUUGUUGACAAUCCAUCUUACGUCCCUAUGAUAACUUCACCUUGGACUGUAUCCAUGUCGUAUAUACAGAGAGUAAAAAAUGCAGUUUUGAAUGUAUAUCUUAAGCGCGUCCUGCAAAAUGUACAAGACACCGAGAAAGCAAUUAUUGAGAAGCAUUAUGGUAAGGAAGUGCCAUUAUACGAGCUAUCGAAGAAUAUUAGUUUACUGAUGUUGAAUACGUUUCACCAAUUAAACGGGGUACGCCCCUUGGUACCAGGACUGCUUGAAGUUGGUGGUAUGCACCUUGAUGCAGAAGGAAAGAAGAUUCCACAGGUGAGUUAA